AUGCUGUCAAGGUUGUUUGGCAAGAAAUCAAAGACUAGGGCAAACUUGGCAAUUUCAGAAAAAUAUCAAAAGGCUGAAUUGAAAUCUCAGGAUCAUCAUCGUAGAAAUUCCAAAUCACUUAAUGAAUACACUCCUAAGGGUAAACACGAAGCUUCUGAAUUAGAGAAAGUAGAGAGUCCUAACUCGAGUUCUACAGAACUGUGGAAAGAUGAAAUCAGUAAAGAGAUUGAAGAUCUUAAGCAACAAUUACACAAAAAGCAGGCAGUGUUUGCUGCUUUGACUUCAGGUCGUUUAUCUCAUUCAUGGCCUCAUCAAAGACCUUCUUGUUCCUGCCAAACUACACCGCCACCUACACCACUUGUUGAUGCCUUGACUAUUGAGCUUUUUGAUUCUGCACUUGAUGAGAAAUCCAAUCUAGUUGCCAGUGCCACUCAGACUGAUCGUUUAGGCUGCCAUUUAUCAUAUGGCCAUCUGAAUUCUUCAAACAGCUCCAGCACCAGUGGAGUUAUUGAUGUAGACUUAUGUUCGAGUAGUUCUCGUAGCCAAGAUGGCCGGAAGAAACGAAAGAACUUCAUUCGCAGUUCACACAGAUUUGAAAGUGAUAGCCAGACAUCCCAAAGCAUGGAAAGCAACCCUGAGACCAACAUUUCUCUGCCACGACAGAGAAGCCCAAGCUUUAGAGCAGCUAUUGAGAGUCAUUCCAACAACUGUUUACAAGCAGGAAGUGAAGAUGCACAACUAAUUAGAAGAAACCCUAGUUUUAUGGCUGCUGUUGGCAGUCAUGGUGCUGCUAACCAACAACACAAUGAAACUGUGCACCUUACACGUAACCGCAGUCUAAGUUUUCAGGCAGCAAUUGAAGAUGGGCAGCAGAGUCCAAGAGCUGAAAAUAAUGACACUGACUUCAUCUCAACUAGUGCUGACACGACGCCGGAAAACCAAAAUGUUCCGGAAGGUUUUACUCUAGACACUCAUGGACGAGUAGUCUUGCCCUCUGGUAGGCAGGAUUCCCGCUCUGUAAACUUUCAGUUGAGCCACGUUAAUUCUUACAGUGGUGUAGACCUUCAAGCUGCCGGUAACCUUCAACAGUCUUCAAAAGCAGCUGAGGAUUCUAAGAAUUCUCAUUCCUCACAUAACUCUCAAAAGAAAUCUGAAGAAUGGAAAAAGUCUACUCGAACUGUCCCUAAUCCUGAAGUUGAAGUAACUUAUGCUUCACCAACUGCAUCUAUUGAAAGCAGUGGAUCUGAUGUACCAAAGAAAUCUUGUAUCCGUGAUAGUAGCCAAAGACUUAAUUCUAGCACUGAAGGGGUUCAGUCUUCUAGUACAAAUGAAGCUUCACCUAAGUCAACAAGUACAGCAGUAACAAUGGAGAAUUCUAGUACACCUCAACCAUCUUCUCCUCGACAUUCACGCACCCGGAGGAUGAGUGCACACACAUUGGAUGUGGCUAAGGAAACAUUGAUCAGUGAAGAAAAGUCAGAUCCUAAAAUGUUAAAACUUACAGCGAACAAGGAAAAAUUGCUCAGCUUACAAAAACAAAAAGAAGCUAUGAGUAGUUCAACCAAGGCUGCUGGAGAUGUGACUACAAAUAAAAACUUGGCAAGUCUUGAAACAGCUGUAAAAGAUACAAACAAACCUGAUGAUAUUUCCAACAAUGCUAUUUGGGCUCCUGACAGUAUUUCACAACUCUCCAAGUUACGCGAGACCUAUGCCAUUCUGAAUAUUUGGUUCAGCAUAAAGCAGUUCUUUCUUUACCUCUUUAUUUUGACACAUAGUUUAUUCAUCUCUUCUACAAGCUUUCUUCUUCCACUAUUUGCCUUCUUUUCUAUAUGCCUAGUUUCUGCUGAAGGUAAUUGCCAUCUCUUUCUGUUUCAUUUCAUCCACUCUUUAUUGUUCAGUUUCUGCUCUUCAGAUCAGGAUCAAGAAAAUAUUCUUUUAUAA